AUAACGAAUGUAGAUUAUGUGAAUCAGAUUGUUUCAACAGGAUAGCUAACUAACUAGUCUUUACCUGUGGUUGAAGUUUAUCCUGCUGCUGACAUCUGCGUCUUAGGCCUACUAACAAAUUGAAGCCUUCCAUGUUCCUGACCGUGAGAUGACCAACGCAACUCAAAAGGGAUCCGCUUCGACACUACGGUUUGGCUCCGGUAGCUUCUCCAGGACGAGUGCAAUGCGUGUGCUCGUCUAUGGGCUGGGGAGGGGGACUGAUACCUAACAACGUAACACAAUGAUAAAUCAUCCAUCAAACCAUAUAGACUGACACACUGGGGGCAUCAGUUCUCCUCAGCGUUCCAGUGAUUUCUCACUGAUUUCACACUGAUUUUGGGAUGUCUGUAAGAUCAGUAGUUAGUAGAGACAAAGUGUAGAUCAGUAGUUAGUAGAGACAAAGUGUAGAUCAGUAGUCAGUAGAGACCAAGUGUAGAUCAGUAGUCAGUAGAGACAAAGUGUAGAUCAGUAGUCAGUAGAGACAAAGUGUAGAUCAGUAGUCAGUAGAGACCAAGUGUAGAUUAGUAGUCAGUAGAGACCAAGUGACAUAGACUUCAGCCAGAGUAGUGGUUGUCAUAUGUGGUCGUCAGCAUAUCUAUAGGGCAGAAUGGUUAGGGUGCACUGAUGACAAUAACAUGGGGUUUCUGUUCUUUAAAGACACCGUUUUGACACACCAGACUAAAAACCUGGACAUGUCUUACUGUUUUACAGAAACGUUUUUUAAUUGAUUUGUGUUGCAGGUCAUUUUCUACAUAUUCAUCAAAAUACUAAUGCUGCUGCUCUCAAAGUUAAAAGCAGACCAAGUGAGAUUCACAGACUACAGAUACAGCUUGGCCAGGGCUACACUAGUCCUGAUCCCUUUACUGGGAAUCCACGAGGUGGUUUUCACUCUCCUGAUUGACGAGUGUGUGGAGGGAAACACCCGCUAUGCCAGGAACGUCAUCAACCUCACCCUCAGCUCCUUCCAGGGAUUCUUGGUUUCUGUGCUGUACUGCUUCGCCAAUGGAGAGUUCCAGGCGGAGCUGAAGAAGCACUGGAAGCUCUUCCGGUUUACAAACCCCUUCCAGGUCACACCCUGUAUUCACUACCGGGAUGCGCCCCUCAAACACCUGUGGAAGUGCUCCAGAGGCCGACGCUCCCAUCAAAACAAAUCAUAUGAGGAGGAGGGUGGGCCUGCCACACACUCACACCUGCUGCAGCUUUAG